GGCCAGGGGCCCCGGAUGUUGCGUCGCGCCGGAGCCGCGGCGGCUGUCUGCGAGCGGGGAGAGGAGCGGACGGAGCCAACAUGGCGGCGCCGAGCCUGAGGCGGGAGUGAGGGAGGCGGCGGCGCCCUCCAGGCCGGGCAGCCCCGCAGCGCCAGCGGGGCCGCGGCCGCGGCUCGGAUAGCGGAGCGGGGGGAGCCGAGCCGGCGGGCAUGGCGGGGGCGGCGUAGGGGAGGCCUCGGCGGGUCCCGGUGCGGGUGAGGGCCCAGGCCGCCUCUCCCCUCAGCUCGGUCGGGCCCGCCCGGUGCCGGCGCAGGAGAGGCCUCGGCUCGGCCCUCGGGGAUGGGGGCCUAGGGCUGCCGCUGUGCUCUCGCCGGGGGCCGAGCCUCUGCCCUCCCUCCUGGGCCGCAGCCCCCGGGCGCCCGUCGCUCUGGGUGCAGGGGAAGGUGCUGCCGGCGGAGCCGCCCGCUCCCGACCCCCCCAGACCCGCGGCUUUUCCUUGUGGUUUUUUUCGGGGGGGGGGAGGCAGAUUGACUUGGGGGGGAGGAAAGGUUUGUCCCCGAGCAGCAUUUGCUGCACUUUCGACUGAGACACUUUAAAAAGCCGGCCGUUCCCCACAGUCAGAGGAACCCAAAUUUGCCCGGCCAGGGAGGAGGAGGAGGAGGGAAGGCAGGCGCAGAGCCCCCGCCGAGCUGGCGUAGCAUGUGUUAGCGAAGGGGAGGAAGGAAACAAGCAGAGGUUGGGAGCAAGCAAUGAAACCUUAACCACCGCCUAACUUCAGAUAACCCUAUUUUGGCGAUUUAGUUAUAUAUUUUGGGAGCUUUAAGUUCUGGGAGAGUCAGAGGUUUUAUUUUUAGUAUUUAAUACGAAUGUAGGGCAGCGCAGCUGUACGAUUUGGGAACCGAGAGUGGAGAAGCUGGAAGAGCUGCCAGCUGUGUGACAGGCCAGCUUAGCCCUCCAUCUCCAGGCCCAGCUUUCAGAGAAGGUGCUCUCCUGGGAGAUAAACCAGUGUUAAGGAGCUGGUGGAGAGAAGACAAGCACUAAAAGUUAUAAUUGUGAGUAAAUAACAAAGGAGAAGGUAUGGGCUGAAUUUUAAAAUAACAGCCUAGUCCAGAUUACCUUCUCUUGGCUUUUAUAUUAAGGUUUCUAACUUAACACAGUUCAGUUUCUAGAAAAGUUGUUAUACUAAGGAAGCAAAUUGAGAUUGAGUAUUCUGAACAUCCUGCCGAUCUCCUUGGUUUCUGAGGGCGGCGUAAAGUGCUGCUGAUAAGAAACAAACAGUGUAGUUCUUCAAAAAUGAUAUCUUUAAAAGAAAUGACCUAGAGCGAGCACAGUUAGUUCUGGACCUUUCUCUUCCUCCUCCCCCAUGUCAAUAAAUUAUUUUAGGGUGAAGUAGGAAAAAAGAAGGUUUGGGCAUCGGAAUUGUUUGAGAGAUCUCUUGGGUGGCUUCUGGCAAGUCUACCAGCUUUAAUAUUGAACUCUGAUACCUGAAUUUGGAAGUUAGACUUCCCUGAUAUAAGAGCCAUAUGUGGAAACUCUUUGUAGGCGCUUAAGCAGUUGUGUUGGGUAGCUUAUUUAAAAAGUCAAGGAAAAAAGGGGAUAGAAGACUUCUUAAAAAUUCUUGUUUGGCCACUGUGUUCAAAUCGCUGCACCGGAACGGAUAUAAACAAGACGAGAAGAGCUUCUCACUAAGGGCCGCAGCAGUCGGAAGGGCCGUGGCACGUGCCGGGACUGGCGGCUGCCCAAGAUGGCCUCCUUCAAGCGGAGCCGAGCGCAAGCCUGGCCGGAGGAGCGGGGCGACCGCGAGCACGGACUCUACAGCUUGCACCGCAUGUUUGACAUUGUGGGCACCCACCUGACGCACCGGGACGUGCGCGUGUUAUCCUUCCUCUUCGUGGACGUGAUCGACGACUACGAGCGGGGGAUGAUCCGCAGCGGCCGGGACUUCUUGCUGGCGCUGGAAAGGCAGGGCCGCUGCGACGAGACCAACUUCCGCCAGGUGCUCCAGCUGCUCCGGAUCAUCACUCGCCACGACCUGCUGCCCUACGUCACCCUGAAGAGGAGACGGGCCGUGUGUCCGGAUCUCGUAGACAAGUACCUAGAAGAGACAUCCAUUCGUUACGUGACGCCCCGAGCUCACAGCGACACCGAGCAUGGUCUCGGUCACCCUCACAAAUCAGUGCCUCCCCACCACCCCGUGGUCUGCUGCUCCUCCGCGGGACCUCAGAUCUGCACCAAGAGGCCCGGCCGCGGGCGAGCCCUUCUCAGCAGCCAGCGCAAGAGGAGGAAGUCGGUGACGCCGGACCCUAAGGAGAAGCAGACCUGUGAUAUCCGCCUGCGAGUCCGAGCCGAAUACUGCCAGCACGAGACGGCGCUUCAAGGCAACGUCUUCUCCAACAAGCAGGACCCCUUGGAGCGCCAGUUCGAGCGCUUCAACCAGGCCAACACCAUCCUAAAAUCCCGGGACCUGGGCUCUAUCAUCUGUGACAUAAAGUUCUCAGAGCUCACCUACCUCGACGCGUUCUGGCGCGACUACAUAAACGGCUCUUUGCUGGAGGCCCUCAAAGGCGUCUUCAUCACGGACUCGCUCAAGCAAGCCGUGGGCCACGAAGCCAUCAAACUGCUGGUUAACGUGGAUGAGGAGGAUUACGAGGUCGGGCGCCAGAAACUCCUGAGGAACUUGAUGCUACAAACGGCCCCCUGACGCCCCGCCGGGCUGCAGCCUGGCUGCUCUUUGGGAUCCAAGCUUUCCUCCACCCUCCCAUCCUCCUUUUUUUUUGUUUGUUUUUCUUUUUUUAAAGAAAAGGAAGAGAUCAUUUAAGCCCCCCUCCCCUACCUGGACUCCUGCAAAGUACUUUGUGACUCUAGGACCCGGUUCAAUGUGAGGAAAAGUGCCGUGCUGCUACGGCUCCGCGGAGCCCGCGGGCUCGCGCCGCUGCGAGGGGAGGUGGGUGCUGCUCCCCCCGGCCCGGGGAGCUCGGCUGGAGCGGGAGGGCCCGCCCGGGCCCGGAGAGCGGUCGCGGCACCGCUGGAGGCUUCCGUGUCUUCUCGCCCCUCUUUCCUGUCUUGUCAUCUUCUCUCUUGCUUUGUUUCCUUUCUCUUUUAUUUUGUACCCAUUAAAAAAAAAAAGGCAAAAAUCCUGCGUGGGGCCUGUCAGUGGCAGGGGCUGGUGCUGAGAGGGGCUGGGGACGAUGAGACUCCGGUUUCUGCUUGAGCCAGUGGUGCCCGGGCCAGGUUUGGGGACAGCUGGAGCAGGGCCACCUCGCCCCAGCCCUGCUGCGGUGGCCUCUGGCUGCGGGGUGGGGACAGGCUUGGCCCUGGGCGAUGCCCCUCCGGCUGUGUCUCACCCUUUUUUCUUCCCCCCAGUUGCCUCUGGGAGCUUCUCAGGAGUAAAAUCGUCCCCUUGUUUUAGCCUGUGCCCUCGGGACCGGCUGUGUCCCUGGGGUGUCCCCUAUCCAUGUGCCUUCAUGUGCCCCUCUGCUGCUGGGGGUGAGGGGCGGGGGCAGCACCGAAAUCCAGCUGUGCACUUUCACCUGACCCCUCCAGCUGUGCCAGGGCUGUCCCUGUGCCUCUUCCCUUGCUCUGUCCCCCUCGCAGCCCCUGGCCUCUGGUGACAAACUGGGAUAAACUGGGCUGCAGCGAGGCUGCGCUGGGGCUGGCCUGCUACUCGCAGCGGACAGCCAAGCCUCUGCCCUGGGGCCACGGAUUUUGGAGGGGGGCCGGGGCCGCGCUGUUCCCUGGCCCCCAGCUCCUCCCAGGUCCCCGGAGACCCGUCACCUCGGGCCACCGCAGUGGCCACAUCCCUCCUUCCUGGGGAGCCUCCAACGCUGCCCCUCCGCUCCCUGGCUGCUUGCGGUGGGUUUUUCCAGCUCCGAGCUGGUUUUGUUUGUUUUUUUCCCUGUUGCUGCUUGGCCGCAGGCGCUUUCCUCCCGCCCUGGCUCCAAGGGGGGAAGCGGAGGCGUGGGGGGGCUCGUGCUCCGGGGCGGGGGGGCCGUGGGGGGGGCAGCCCACCAGGACUGCUGUGUGCACACACACACACACACACACACACACACACACACGCACACACGCACACGCACACACAACCCCUCUCCUUACAGACGAUUCUGGCACAACUCGGUGUGAUUUCUGUGACUUCUGUAUUUUUUAAAGACUUCACUAUAACGGUCCUAUUCCCUGUGUAGCUUUUCAGUUCUCUCGAAAUAAACAUCUACUGCAG